AUGCAGUAUCUGAAGACAAACCUCCGAGGAGAAGCAAGUAGAAUAAUACAACAUUUAAACACAACAGAAGCAAACUACAGUGCUGCCUGGAAAAUGUUGCAAGAUCGAUACGAUAAUCCAAGGAUGAAUCUAUUUAUAUUAAUAGACAAGAUACUUCAGGCUGCGGAGAUAAAAGAAACGUCAGCAAAGGCGCUGAAAUCAUUACAUGAUACUAUCCACGAAUGCUUAGAAGCCAUUAGUGGACUAGGUGUAAUGACAGAGUCCUGGAGCCCUCUUAUAGCAAGGAUAAGUAUGUUAAAGUGGGACACAGAAACCAGGAGAUUAUAUGAAACGUCAAUUCAAGACAGUAGGGACAUUCCGACAUAUAAGUCAACACAGGAAUUCCUACAAAGAAGAUUCCAGACAAUGGAUAUGUUGGAAACAGAAAGGAAAGGAACAGAUCAUAGACAACAGGUAAAGAAGAAGAUAACCUGUGUGGUGUGUCAUGAAGAACAUAAACUGUUGAAAUGUACAACGUUUCUACGUCAACAAGUACGUGAAAGAAACAAAAUCGUAAAGGAAAAGCAAUGGUGCGGUAGAUGCCUACUACACAAAAGGGAAGUACCAUGAAUAUCGUUUGCUGCUAUUACCCUUUCCAACGAAGAUGGUCUAGGAAGUAUAUCGGAUUGCCUAUUCUGUACAGCAGUUGGAAAUCAAGUUAGCUUGCUGCAAAAACAUAAUCUCUCAAUCGAAGAAAUAAGAGACGUUAUAUUCGAAGAAUGCAACUUGCCCACUGAUUGGAUUUUCUUCGUUAGCUGCGAAUCCUAUAUAGGCGAAAUCAUAAACGGAGUAUUCAAUUCAUCGGAUAUAGAAGUACACGAAGCAUGCAAGAAUAUUAAAUAUUGCUGAUUUGAGUGCGACUCCUGCAUAACAUUCGCAACUGUUAUCAAGAAUUACGUCGAUGAGAGAUUACCACUGGCCGAAGUUGAAAGAGACGCCGAGACACUAUGCGAUGUUUUACCAGGACACUUAGGAGAUUAUUGCGAAGAUGAAUUGCUUCCAAAAGUUGACAGAAUCUACGACUUGCUUCAUAAAGAGUCACCUCAGGACGUAUGUGAUCGUUUGGACUUCUGUUAGACAUAUAUUUAAACUGUAAAAUAAAUUUUUAG